ACGAAAUUCAUCCUCUGCUGGAUACAGUUUUGGAUUGAGUCUUCCCAUUUGAGUUUUUAGAGAAGCUUAAUAAUUGGAUACAUAGAAUCUACAUAAAAUGAACAGUGAAGUUUACCAAAGAACCCCCUACCAAGCCAAUGUGGACAACCUGACCCCUGUAGACCUGGGAGGGGCUGAGGAGACAGAUGAAGAAGAGGAGGAGGAGGGGGGUGAAGAGGAGGGGGAGGAAGAAGAGGAUUUGGAGGAGCCCCUCAGCUCUGUGGAACUGUCUCGAAGGAUCAGGAAGCUAGUGGAUCCUGGGCCUUUCCGACACAACAGGAAGGUGGCCAUGGCUGCUCUCCCUUGUUUUCUCAUCAUACUGGCCAUUUGUGGAGAACCGCUUCUGUUGCUAGUGUCUGUGGGGGUGAUUCUGACUUUAGUGAUAGACACAGGGAGCAAAAAUCAGAGGACAGUGAUGAUUUUUACCUUUGUAUUUAUCCCGUGUCAUAUGACCAUUCUCUACUUUACUUUUCCUCUUGUGUGGGUGUCAGUGGUGAAUAUUGCUUUGAUGGUUAUGAUGAAUUCAUUUAUACUGUUAACUGGUGGGUGGGCCUUACUACAAAUGAUCAUCUUCAGGAAACAGGAACCCGAGAUCUGUGUGUUUUUGGAGGCGGUCCUUUUCUCGGGAUAUCCUGCUCUGUCAGCCUGUCUCACAACCUGGGCCAUCGCCACUUUUGUACCUCUUAUAUAUGUGCCAUUUAUUUUGCUUUUUAUAGGGUUUGUUUUAUUUCAAGUGUUCAUGACACCAGCCACCUCUUCCUUCAAACUGAACCUGAAGGAUCACAAGGAGGAUGUCAAUAUCCUUAACAACCAACUCAUUGCUGCCAUGGCAACUGGAUUUUGUUUACUUCCUGUUUUCCUUCAGAUUCUCAUUGCUCUGUAUCAGAGAGGAUUUCAUGGAGUCUUUCACUUAGGCUUCUUUUGUGAGUUACUGUUCUUGUUGUGUUUGGCUGUGUUUCUGAUGACUUUGAUGAGUAUCAGACACAUUGUGGAAGCUGUAGGUUUCCAGUACAGUCUGGUGAUACAGUUACGCAGUCUCUGUGGGGGUGUGGCAGCCUUCCUGUCUUACCCAGUAUUCCUAGAGCUGGGAGUGACAUCACACUUUCUGUCAUGGCUGCCAUUUGCUGUUGGAGUUUAUGCUGUAUAUGGAACACUGCUUAGUUAUAGAAAACUUAAGUUCAUCUCCACAGUGUUCUUUGUGGUAGCUGUGAUUUUGUCUUUGGUGUGGGCAAUUAAAUUGCCAUGGAAAUUAUCAUAUACAUUUAUGUUUGGGAUAUCGCUGAAGAUGAUAUUCUGUCUGAUGAUAGCUAACUCUGUCCUGUGUCUGACAGCUGUACAUCUGUCCUCUCACGGAACUCAGGCAGCCUUCAGUCUCCUAGUGGUAUUACAAACCAUAGUGUUUAUCAAGUGUGAGGUGAUCCUCUUUGACUCCGGCCUGUAUAACUGGCCUCUGUUUAUGGUCACUGGUAUUGCUGCCUCAUAUACUCUACAAAGAUUACAGAUAGCAAGAAGGCUUCCAGUCAGUUUAACUUGUGCCUGUAUGUCUGCCCACGUCACAAAGUCGGCACUGGUUGCCAUGGUAAUCUUCACUAAGGAGGCCCGAGAUCUUCCCUACACCAGCAUUCUGACAAUGUUCUUCUUCAUCUUCAUGAUGAUCAAGAUGUUGCUCAUGGAAGUUCCGGUGGACAUUCCCAAGAAACAGUUGGCCAUCAAUGUGACUCUGAUGUGUAUAUCUGUUUUACUGAAUGCUAACCCAGUCCUGUUUAUCCUUGGAUCUUAUCUGUUUAAAAUACAGGCCAGUGCUGCUGAUGCCAUGGGAAUGUGUUUCAUCAUUUGUGGCAUGUUGAUCAUAGCAACCUGUGUCCUUCACCUUCCAUCUGAGGUUAAGGUCAAGCAGCUAGGAAUUCUGGGAGUGGUUACUGGGGUGAUAGUUAUCAUGUUUCAGCCAGAUGUAUCAUUGACAGCAAAUGGAAUAUUUCAGUUAUGUGAGGUCAUCAGUAUCAUGAGUAUGAUUGUGAUUAUGUAUGCAGACACCAUCAAGACAUUUCCCCACAUUGUGAUGGCCUCUGUACUAGUGGGAAUCACGCCCGGACUCAGGGCUGCUCUCUAUUUGUAUCCUGAGGACCAGGCACCAGUUUUCAAUCUCAUUUUAUUUGGACUUGUUUCCAUGUGUCUCGUGUGUGCUCUUUUUGCGUUCUCAAAAUCAGAACAUCUUGGACACAAGUUUGAGAAAAAUGUUCUAUCAGUAUGCAUGCUGGUAGUUUUACUUAGUGUCCUUUCAUUAGUGGUUGACUUGGUCACCAAGGAACGCAAACAACCCAUCUUGACUCUGCCAUCAUGGAAGUUAUUCCUUGCAGCAAAUCUCAUCAUUUGUAUAUGCACCAAAGUAGUUGUUUCUAGGAACUCAGAAUAUAUCCCUCUACAUGAGAAGGAUGAUAAGGAGAUUCCUUAUUUACCAUUGGUUGGCAACAUAACAACCAUCACUUCCUUCCUGUUUCUGUGUCUACUGGGGCCCUCCACAGGGUUACUGUAUGAUAUAUGGUGUUGUGGAGCAAGUGUGAUCCUAAUGUGUUUACAGAGAGACAUGAAAAUUUUUCACAACCUCAAAGACAGCAAUCACACAACACCAACGAAAAUCAUUUCAAUUGUAGUUUUGAUUCUGUCUUCAAUAUGUCGCAGUGACAUCUGGCAUUCAAACUCUUGGACAUUUGUGAGAUCGUUCUUAGAAAUUCUUCUAAUUCUGGGCAGCACCCCCAUUUAUUACGUGCUGUGGGGCAUCUUAUGGAAAUCUGUUGUGUUGCUACCAGAACCAGUGGUUGUUUUUCUGUUGCCUCUGAAUGCUGCUAUGUUGCUUUAUGGCAGCAGCUGGACCUGCUGGGUGUUAGCCUUUGUGGGCAUUAGCUCUUCUGUGUGGAUGAUGUCAAACCACUUUAAAUUAAUACCAUACUCAGAGAAAAGAUAAUGUUACAUCAAAAUAAUUAGACACCAUGACACUGUAGGUUUUAAACUGCUUUAUUAGUUUUUGUAUCUGAUACAGAAAUUUUGUUUUAUACAUUAAUAUACAUGUACUGACAACAAGUUGUCAAUAAAAAUUCUUCUUUUG